UAGGUCAGACUUAUGAAAAGCUAAGUUUAGGUGCAAGAAAGCUCCAUUUCUUGGGCUUUUCUUGCAGUUCUUAAGACAGUGACAAGAUCCAACAUGGAUCUCAUGCGUUCUAUGCUAGCGGGGCAUCCCGAAGAGAUUUAUUCGCUGCUGAAAUUCAAGCUAGGAGGGUGCGAAACAGUCCAGGCGAAAUGUCAUUACGACCAGAUGUGUCCCAGCAUGCGCACCUGUUAUCAGUACCUGAACCAGACCAGCAGGAGUUUCGCUGCCGUCACUCAAGCUCUCGAUGGUGAUCUCAGAGAUGCAGUGUGUAUAUUCUACCUUGUCCUGAGAGCACUGGACACAGUGGAGGAUGACAUGACCAUCCCCCUGGACACCAAACUGGACAUGCUGCACAGUUUCCAUACCUACCUACAGGACCCCGCCUGGAGGUUCAUGGAGAGCAACGAGAAAGACAAGAAAGUUCUGGAAGAUUUUCCAACAAUUUCUCAGGAGUUCCGUAAGCUGAAGCCCCUGUACCAAGAAGUGAUCUCUGACAUCUGCAGGCGGAUGGGGGCAGGCAUGGCAGAGUUUGUACAGAGGAGUGAUGUGGAUACACUGGCAGACUGGGAUAAGUACUGUCACUACGUUGCAGGACUGGUAGGAAUCGGACUGUCCCGGCUCUUCUCUGGGUCGGAGUUCGAGGAUGAGCUGGUUGGGGAGGAUACGGACCUGGCCAACUCCAUGGGUCUGUUCCUGCAGAAAACUAACAUCAUCAGGGACUACCUGGAGGACCAGGUGGAUGGAAGGGAGUUCUGGCCAAGACAGGUUUGGAGUAAACAUGCAAAGAAGCUGUCUGACUUCAGACAGCCCGAGAUGUCCCAGAAUGCCCUGUGGUGUUUGAAUGAGCUGGUGACAAACGCGCUGCUACAUGUUCCUGAUGUACUGAAGUACAUGUCCAGGUUACGCAACCAGAGUGUCUUCAACUUCUGCGCCAUACCUCAGGUGAUGGCCAUAGCAACCUUAGCCCGUUGCUACAACAACCCCAAGGUGUUCCGGGGUGUGGUGAAGAUCAGGAAGGGAGAGGCUGUGAAGAUGAUGAUCCAUGCAACAAGCAUGGAGAACUUCAAGGGCAUCAUGAGACCCUUCUGCGAGGAGAUUUUCAGCAAAAUGACCCUGCAGGACCCCUCGUACAGCGUUACCAUGGAGACGGUUGACACGAUCCGACAGCUGACGGAGACGAGCCACGCCCUCUCAGUCCAGCGCACCCUGACCCCGCUACACGUGUCGUGUGCGCUGGUGGUCGCAGCUAUCACAUGGCAAUACUGGACACAGAUACACUGGAUAUACGACCACUACCUGGACUGGAAAUGAUAAUAAAAUCUCUGGCAAUCUUUCAUAGCCCAUAGAAUUCAAUAUCCUGGCAUUUUCAGAAAGCAAUUCACUAGCCCCAAACCAUGAAAAAUUAGUAUGUGUACAAUCCAUUAAUUAGUGAAGUCUUUUCUUGUCUACUAUUAAAA